CUUUCCCCUCGACCACUAAGAGCCACUGUGAUAUCACAGCAAUGGCAACCGACAGCAACUCUAAUUCUGUAAACCAAGGUCCGGUUCCUCUCUCUUUCCCAUCUAUUCUGCGCAAUGGGGCCCUCACGGACCGUUUCGCCUCAAAGAAGGGGAGAAGGAGGGACGACAACGGUGGGAAGAGGUGGAUCAAGCGCAAAGAAAACACGUGCUUCGUCGGUAAUCCUUAUAUAAUCUCUGCGACAAAGAAAGACUAUAUUUUGGAACCGCCGUCCAAUAAGACCACAUUUCCUGAACCCUUACCAUCGUAUCUUCCUCGCACAGCCAAAGUUCCUGGAGCCCAUCUUCCAACUAGAGACCCCAACUCAGCCAACGCAGGUCGUUUUUCACUCAGCCUUAAAGGGAUGCGACGGGAUCUUCGCAAGGCUGGUAGGCGCGCGCAGCUUCUCGUUCAGGACAUAGAGCAGGAAGUCAUCGAUUGGUUACAUGUUGGUGGGACGGUCAUGUCUCCAGACACUCCUCAGACUACGAGUACGGGGGUCAGGAGAGCUAUCGGCGACACCGAAACCAUCUUCGAAGUGUCCCGUACCCCAUUGCAGUUGGUCUGGUGCACCAACAAUGAUGCUUUCGGCAGAUAUGUUGUGCAUUGUUGCGCCAGGUAUCAUGAGAUUGUCAGCUACAGUGAAGAAGUGGACGGUGAACGUCUUACCUACCUUCUUCGCCCCAACGUCAUUCGUCCAGACUUCCAUGCACCUUUUACCCUUCCAACACCCCCUGUUACUGAUAACGAGACUUCCUCCCAGUUUGAUACUCAAUCAGAAUUCACUUCUGACGUCGAAUCUCUAAACGAUGUUGCUACAGGUCUAUCCGUUGUACCCGAGAAUUCCCCACCUUUAUCUCCCGUCGCAGACGUUGAACAAGACUUUGAUGAAGUAUGGUCGGUCCUUGGAGACUCAGAUAUCAAGGCAGAUGAGUCGGGGGAUGGACAUAGCCUAUCUGCGGGCUUGGCGUCUUUGACAAUGGAUCAAGACGCAGACAUCACGCCACGGCCUUCAUUACCUUUGCGUACUCGCUUGCGUCAAGCCCGGUCCGCCUCAUCUCCAUCACGUUCCCCAGCAUGUAAACCAAUUCGACUGCGUAGGCCGGUCCGGAGAAAAGCGCACGCGCCAGAGGCUCCCACGUCUUUUUAUGCUUAUCUAUUUCCAUAG